AUGCAAAUGAGCUAAGGUGAAUUUUGGCCAAAAUAAGAGGAAAUUAUACAGGGAGAUUAGGAUGGUUUAUAAAAGAGAAAGAACAAAAAAAGAGUAAUUACAAAUCCCAGUCAACUAACAGGGCAUUGGAGUGAAUAAGAACAUCAAACUUAUAUUGAUUUUUUGAAUAUGCAUAGAUCUGUGAUGGAAUCACAAGAUCAAAAAAAGACAAGUAAAAUAUUUAAGCUGAUGAGUGAAACAAUUGGUAGCAGAAGUCCAUCACAAUGCAGGUUAAUAAUUAAGAAAAUAUUAUUAGAUCUCACCAUUAGAAAUUUAAUCCUUUUGUUCAUCAAAUAAAGAAGAGAUAAAAAGGAGCAGGCAGAAGAAAAAAGGAAAAUUAAAAUACAGAUAAAUUGAAUAAGAAUGAUGAGAAUGCAUUCUUAUAAUCUUUAUAAAUACAGCAUUAAUUAUUUCAGCAACAACCUUUGGUAAUAAUUCAUUUCUAUGUUUAGGAAUAUCAAAUGUUCUAGUUUCCUUAUUUUCCGUGUGUUCCUGUAUUCGAUAAUUAAAUAAAAGAUGAUGAAAAAUUAAAUGAGCAAUAGUUGUAUUUUCAACAAUGUAUGCUCUUCCAAUAAUAAUUACCAUAACAAUUGGAUGACAAGAACCUUUGUUGUUUUAAUUUUAAUUUUAUGCCCCAAUAGUAAGUUCACUUAAAUUUUAAUUACUUUCAAUAAUAAUAAUAAAUGUUCAACAAUGACUUUCAAGCAUUAAAUUCAGGGGACAUUAACAACAAAGAAAACCAAUUCGAUGAAUAAUGA